AAUAGACCACCGCAAGGUCGCGGUCAGCCAAGGCUGGGAGCUACAUGGUAUCCAGGGGGUCGGGAUGACUUUUACAUGCCAGAAGUUAUAUCCCCUUCUCCCCAAAGCAGAGUCAUGCCUGAAGUUCCGGAGACUAUGCAGGACAAUAUUGCCCACCUCGAGCAUGAAGCUCGAAACCCUCAUCGUAGCCAAUAUGCUCCUGUACAAUACGAUCGGUCUCAUUUUCCCGAGAGGACCUCUUCCGCCGCUGUAGUCCAGGGACAGCCCAUCACUGCCGGCUACGAGGAUACUGCCCACUACGAACAAUCCGCCGUUUACGAUACCAUGGAAUCUCCUAAUUUUUCGCCGUUCCCUAUCCUACGCAACCCCCCUCCAAAUGUGCCCCCCACCGAUGAGCAGAGAGAAGCGAGCUUGGAGAGGGCUCGGAUGGCAGUACUUUCCUCCAAUGACCCCGAAAUGCAAUUGGCUUGGGCCCAGGACGCCCUGGCUUAUGUCGAGGUCGCCGUACAGAAUGAGGCUCGUCUGUCUCUAAUCCAACCCCCGCGCCCCCAAACUCCACAAGUGGAGCAUCAGUUAAAGGUCGAUGCGAUGAACAUCGUCAAUUUCUUAGCCGAUCAGCACCAUCCCAAAGCCGAAUUCAUCAAGGGGAUGUGGUUGGAAUUUGGGAAAUUUGGAUAUCGCGUUGAUAAAAAGGAAGCAUUCAGAGCUUAUUCAAGAGCUGCGGAGAAAGGCUAUGCCAGGGCUGAGUAUCGCAUGGGGAUGCAGUUCGAGAGUUCUGGUGAGCCCGAAAAAGCCAUCCGGCAUUACGAGAAAGGCGUUGCUCUUGCCGAUUCUGCUUCUUUUUACCGCCUGGGGAUGAUGAUCUUGCUGGGCCAGCAUGGACAACAUCAAGAUUAUCAAAUGGGUCUUGAUUAUAUCCAGCUAGCUGCGCAAUCCUGCGACGAGAAUGCGCCUCAGGGUGCCUAUGUUUAUGGCAUGCUUCUGGCACGGGAGCUGCCCCAAGUGAGCGUCCCGGAGAAUUACCUUCCCCUUGAUGUUAAUGCCGCUCGUGUAAAUAUCGAGAAAGCUGCAUACCACGGAUUUGCUAAGGCCCAAGUCAAGAUGGGCGCCGCAUAUGAACUGUGUCAACUAGGUUGCGACUUUAACCCGGCGUUAUCUUUGCAUUACAACGCAUUGGCUGCCCGACAAGGAGAGCCAGAAGCGGAAAUGGCCAUCAGUAAAUGGUUCCUUUGUGGGCAUGAGGGUGUCUUUGAGAAGAACGACGAGUUGGCAUUCACAUACGCUCAGCGUGCAGCUCAGAGCGGCUUCCCAACUGCGGAAUUCGCCCUGGGAUACUUCUACGAAGUCGGUAUCUUCGUGCAGGUUGAUAUCAAGGAAGCCAGAAGCUGGUAUGCCAAGGCUGCGGCAAACGGAAACAAAGAUGCUACCAGUCGAAUUGACAGUAUCUCACGUUCGAAGACAUUGUCCCGAAGGGAUCAUGAGCAGGUUGCUAUCGCUCGAAUCAAGUCACGCUAUGGCUCUCACCAGCGCAAUGAAUCCGUGCAAUCAGCUUCGGAGAAUCUUGAAAUGCCCGAUCCUUCACGGAUGAGUCUUUCAGAUAACCCCCCGCCAAGUGCCCCGUACCCCGACCGGCCACCCUCCAGGGCUCGGCCAGUGUACCCGCCAGGCUACUCGGUGCCUGACCCACGGCCAAGUUCAGCAUUUGGCAUCAACCCUAACAUUCGCACCAGCGCUCCUAACUAUAACCGUGCGGCGUCUUAUGGACCUGGGCCGAUGGGGUAUCGCUCUCCUGCCCCUGUGACACCCACCACCAACGGUCCAGCAAGCCCCACGUCAGCAACACCCAAGCUAGAUAUUGGCUACUCCGCACCGAUUGAAUCUCCAAACUCAAGACGGCCCCAACGCCUUGACAGUGCACCGCCUGAUCGGCGGCCCGUGAGGACGCCUGUUUCCGCCCAAGGCGGCCCUGUGGGCUCCCCGAAGCCAGUGACCUCACCGUCUUCUGCAGUGUUUCCCCAGCGUAGUGAAUCCAUGCCGCCUCCAGGAGCACCUAUAGCAUCCUCGACAACACCAAAACCGUCAUCUGUGUCAGCCUCGAUCAGCCAGAAGCCUACAGCACAACCAGCCAAGUCUCAAAGCGGUUUACCGGGUAAAGGCCCAAAGACAUUUGAGGAGAUGGGAGUCCCCACUGCACAAAAGGACAAUGAUUGCAUUGUCAUGUGAUACCCAUGAGUCGUAGUAGACUCUGCACCAUAGUUCACUUGUUUUUUAUCCGGGAAGUUACUUGCGGGCAGGGGUGAUAGAGGAUUCAGUUCGUCAUCAUGCGCUCCGAUAGCGAAAGACUCGAGACAUAGGAAGGGUUUGGUUGGCAAGCUGGAUACCCCCUUCUUUGACUUACGCCUUCUUAAUUGUACUGCGUCCCUUAUCCCCUAUAUUGAUCUUGCAUUCUAGUUGGCCAUCGAUUUACAGUCCUUUGUCUAAACAUAUUUGGAAUAAUUAGACGCUGGCAGUGUUUUGUCGAGGCGUUUUUCUUUCGCCCAUCCUUGUGGGUUCCUGACCAUUUUACAUGGAUAUUUAUAAAUGACAGUGUUCCCCACUCUCGUGGGAUAUUCCACGUGAUG